AUGGGCAGUAAGAGGCUUCUCUUAAGACAUGAAGAGUACACAAUUAGCGAUUUUUCCAUCCACAAGGUCAAUGUCACCGUGCCUGGAGUGACAGAAACUUCGAUUAUUACGCGGCCUCGUGUAGAGCGCCGUCUCGCUCGCACCCGCGAGUGCUGUCGAAAAAUUUCUGCGGCGCUGGCGGCGUCAGUGGGCGCUCGCCAGCCGGUCAAGCAGGGCGUGUCGGUCGCGUUCGUUUCCCGCCACGCUACGUUUACAAUUUGUCAGCCUACAGAACUGUGGCGCACUCAAUACUCGAUCCUCGACCUUGCAGGCAUCAGC